UUGCAGACACCCUUGGAUUCAUCAUCUGUUGAUGUUGCUGUCUUUUGUCUAUCACUAAUGGGAACUAAUUUCUCAAGCUACCUGCAGGAAGCAAACAAAGUUCUCAAGCCAUGUGGCUGGCUAUUAAUAGCGGAAGUUCGAAGUAGGUUUGAUUCAAACAAUGGCGGAGCGGACCCUGAUAAAUUUUGUGAAGCUGUCUGCAAGCUUGGAUACACUUCAGUUUCUAAGGAUUUGAAGAAUAAAAUGUUUCUUCUUUUCUACGUCAAGAAAAAGGAGAAGGCUGCUCCACUAAAUAUGGCUCUUUAG